CCCGGUGAUCCACUUUCCAUCCUCGCUCUUCGGUGUCUUCUCCGCAGGAACCAUCUCUGUUGUUUGAGAGCACUGAGCGCUGGGAACAACCCAAGCCCCCAUUCCCCAACUUGUCGCGUGUUUUGUGCUCUGCUGCGGCGGAAAUCGUCAUCGUCGGAACCGUGACCACAACAACAUGGCCACCUUCUCCAACCUGUCUUCGUUAGGAGACCACAUCGAGAAAGACCACGACCGGUUACAGGUUGGUCACUCGUCCGCUGGCGGCGACGAGCGAUUACGCGGGCCAGCAGCGAUGGCGGGGGGUGGCGACAAUAGCAAGGUCAAAGCAGGAGACCCGUUAGCCCAAGCAGCAGCAGCAGCAGUGGCAACGGUAGCGGUAACCGGGGAUGAAGACGGAAAAGGCGCGUCAGCGCCAGCGGCCGGGGCGGGCGGACCGAAACUGGAUGAGAGUGUGGACGUGCUCAAGCCCCCAGAAUCCAGCAGCGUUGACAUCCGUAUCGCCAUGAUCGGAAACGUAGACAGCGGGAAGUCCACCUUGAUCGGGGUUCUAUCCAGCUCUGGCCUGGAUGAUGGCCGCGGCGCAGCGCGUAGCUUGGUACUUCGCCACCGCCACGAGCAGGAGAACGGCCGCACCUCCGCCGUGACGAUGGAGAUUAUGGGGUACGCGAAGGAUGGCAAGCAGGUUGUCCCGACAGCGAGGUCACACCUCCAGCGGUGGGCGGAGGUGGUGAACCACAGCGACCGCAGCGUGACCCUCAUCGACCUCUGCGGGCACGAGAAGUACCUCAAGACGACUGUGUUCGGCCUCACUGGUUUGAUGCCGGACUUCUGCCUGCUUGUGGUUGGGGCGAACAUGGGCGUGCAGCGGAUGACAAAGGAGCACAUCAGCAUCGCCUGCGCACUACAGAUUCCCAUCGCUGUGGUGGUGACGAAGGUUGACAUCUGCCCGCCGACGGUCCUCAAGCAGACCCGGCAGGCGUUGGCGAAGUACCUUCGGCAGAACCAGAAGAUGCCUUACCCCAUCAAGGACGUGGACGCAGCGGCGGAGAGCAUCGCUUCCGACCGCAUCACGCCGGUGUUCGCCGUGUCCAACGUGACCGGAAUGGGUCUGCCCCUGCUGCGCGCUUUCGUUGCGCGAUUACGGCGCAACAAAUCCAGGAAUGACGACCCUUCAAUGCCGAUCCGGGAGUCUGACCUGCCCGCGGUCCACUUCCCCAUCGACGGCGUCUACGAAGUAAGGGGUGUCGGGAUCGUGGUCGGCGGGACGAUGCUCCGGGGCUCGGUAACGGUAAACCAGACGCUGCUCAUUGGUCCGGACCGGGCGGGCGACUUCAUCCAGGUCACGGUCCGAAGCAUCGAGUGCAAGCGACAAAGCGUCAAGGAGGCCAACGAGGGGCAGAGCGCGACGUUCGCCGUGCGCUCGCUCAACCGCCGCGUGGCGCUUCGCCGGUCCACCUUUCGCAAGGGGAUGGUGGCAAUCGACGGGCACGACGACCCCCGCGCAACACGCGAGUUCGAGGCGGACGUGGUAAUCCUCCACCACUCAACCACGGUCGCUCCGGGAUACCAGCCGGUCAUCCACUGCGGAGUAGUCCGGCAGGCGGCGGCGAUACUGUCCAUGUCCGGAACCGAGUCUGGAAUGGAGGCAUUGCGAACAGGACAAACAGCAACGGUCCGGUUCAGGUUCAUGUACUACAGCGAGUACAUGGUUCUCGGCAGCACAUUCCUCUUCCGCGAAGGGCGUGCCAAGGGCAUCGGAAAGAUCCGGCGGGUAAUAAACUAACGCGUGGCAUUUAGCAGCGGAGCCGAAGAAAGGGAGGGGGCCACUUCGCAAGGGCUCCUCGGGAGUCGACGCCCGUGUUUUUUAUGCCUUCACGACCACGCGGCCGUUCUCGCGGGACGGGAUUGUUCGCUUCUUUUCGGGAGCAUGCGUCAGGUAGAUCACUGUGGGCGUUCGGCCGUUUAUGUAGGAAUGGUCUGUGGCGCGGGAGAGGAUCUUUGUUCGUGUGGCGUGUGGCCGUCUCUUCGUCUCUGCUGCCGCGGGGCAAACAUUGUCAAUUAAAUGUAGCAUUGGAAACUUUAGCUUACACAUGGUGUUGUUGAAAGAAAGAAAAAAAGGGACAUAUUGGAUUGCACGGCAUGUACGUACGUGACGAGGUGCUUGUCGUACGACCGUGAUAUGAGAGGGAAACGAGAGCGGGAAUGAGAGAUGUAAAUACGCCUCGCGGGCGUUCCAUUGUGUCGAAAUAAGAAUGGUUGCUUGCAUCGGAUCAUUUUUUCUCUGACCCGCCCCAGGCCUUGACAUUAAGAGAAAUAUAGGGCUGUGAAAGGAACCAUACAUACAUACCUGGUAGAAUAAUGUACCAUAGGAAACAGGGGGGGGGGGGGAGGGGAAAUCGUGCNGACAAGUGUGCAGAUGCGGUUGGGAUUCGCGGGAUGAGGCUGACCUGCCCGACCUAUCUGUUCGCUGCUGACCCGAGUAUCGCAAUACUCCGGGCAUCAGAGAGCUCUUGCGAGGAACCCGUGGCAAUGUUGGGGCAGUCGUUGAUUGCAUUGGUUCAGAACUGCGCUUCAGAACUUGUGUCCAACUGGACUUGAGUUAAGCCGGAGGCGGAGGGAGGGGGGACGUGGAGGGAGCGGGAGGGUAGUAAUCGGUGACCUCCGUGGUAGAAAUCAUGCGCGUGUAGACAUAAGUUGUCAAGCUUCGGUACGUGCGUUUGUGCACAAAAUAAUACCGUGCUAUGGUUGUGCAUGAGAGGCGGCUCUUGCCCCCAUGUCUUGUGGUUAGUGUAGACUAUUUUGGCUUUCCUGUUUACGUUUUGACUGCAUGGCGCGGCUGGUUGUGCGCGUUCAGAGCGCAACUAGUGCUGUACAGUAUCCGAAUCCAGACUCGAACAUCCAAGACUGUUAAUAAAAAUGGUAGGAGUGAUGGAAAGCCUUCACCUUUUUCACAGCGCCUCAAUUUUCUGUUUUCCGAUUGAAAGCGUGAAAAUGCUGCGCGGUUGGUUAUUGACCCAUUUGGUAUCAUUGGCGCGGCGUGUCGGAGUCGUUUCUGUUUCCGCAACACCAAACACAACACCUGUGACGGAUUUCAUUUGCCGCUCCGAGUACAUGCGGAAUGUUCAUGCUUUCAGCACGCAAAAAAAAUGCUCCGCUACAUGCAGCAAUGGGACUGCCUCCGCGUAGAAACGAAGUCUACUUCUUGUGUUUUAGAGGCGGAGACCCUAACCGUGGCCCCCGAAACCUACGGACAUUUCGUGAGGAGAAAAUAUCCGACGUCCAACAAGGACAACAGUACUGGGCCCUCUAUUGUGCAGGUUGAAUAGUGCAGAUGCCCGGUAUAGUGCAGGUCCUGCACUAUUGAGGGAGGUCCCGCUAUAGUACAAGUUGGGCACCGCGGUGCCCCGCAGUAGUGCAGAUUGGACACACACACCAACGAUAUGUGAGAACGAUGGAGUGAGGAAGGAGGAUGGCGGUGAAAGCACUCCAAAACGGAAUAGAGUGCAAGGUAGCAGCCUUCAUCGACCCGUGCAGUUUUCUUCUGUUGCUACCGUUUCUGUCUUUGAUCCGAAUGAUAGCUUAGCCUCCCCCAAGCCGCCCCCUCAAAAAUACUUCAAUCGCACUAAGACUGACGUCUUUUCAUUGGUCAGCCGGUUAGCUCGGUCGAUGUUGUUGUUGUUGUUGUUGUCUUCACAUUAAAAACCAUCCCGGUCUCUCUAUCCAGUACCUCCUUCUGUCUCAAUCUCUCCGUACUAAUCCAUCACUUGACUCGGCCAAUUUCCGUGGUCACAGGCUAACGUACCUAGAAAAGGUAUACCANCCAAUGGAGGCAGCAUGUUCGAGGAUAACGAAAAGCACCGCAUCUGCAUCAAGGGCGUCGCCAACGCUGGCAAGCGCAAAGCGACACCAGCCGCGGGUGCUGGGGCGGGGCCAUCUAAACNAUGCUUCAGCAGUAAUAACAAACACACAAACGGACAAGACAGCGGACAGACCCAACACAGAAACCAGGGGACAUGUGCUGCUGCAGACCCGAAGAGCUCUACGCCGAGGCCCACCAUGCCUUGUGCGGACGGUUAACUGAGCCAUCAACAAGACAGAACGCCGCGAGCCCCUCAUGGCCACGUCUGCAAGGGAGGGUGUGGCGGGCGGCUCCACGCCAAUGGAGGCAGCAUGUUCGAGGAUAACGAAAAGCACCGCAUCUGCAUCAAGGGCGUCGCC